UACCGUUACCUGACUCGUACUCCGUACUGUAAGGACAUGGAUCUUUCAGUACUGCGGACCCGGAUUCGUCCUCCAUACCUCUCCCAUCAUGACAUCCCAGGAACUCGUACUCUGUGCUCCCGUUGACCUUGAGUUCUGUUCUGCAUACCUACCACUUGAUUUGAACCUGUUUCUUGUUCUGCAACCUCAUCAAACAACAUACUGACACAACGACUCCCCCCUCCUUCUUUCCAAAGAGUAUUUGUGGUACGGAGUAACACACACUACCAAACACUACCAAAUCGCAGUCACGACCAAGUGAAUCAUCAGCCAGCCUUCCUCAUACUCUCUCCUCCAUGUGAAUAAAUUCACCACUUCUGACUCGAUACUCGCUACGAACUCUUCAGUCAACAUCUUCGGGUCCUUGACGACUUCACUCACUUUCAGAAAACAUUUGUUGCUCGGUUCAUUUCAUCAACAAACCCACCACCACCCAUCAAAAUGAACUUUUAAGCCCUCCAAAUCCCAAAAAGCAUCAGUCCUUUCCUGGCCAAAAAGAGUCUUUCUAGUGCACAUCUCGUCUGGCGCAGACAAAAGUAUCUCUAUCACCCUCCUACAGAGUAUCCUCAACGCACAGCCAAAGGCAUACACACCAUGAAUCCCCUGGGAGACAAGAAGAUGGAUGAGGGCACCGAACUCGACGAACGCAAGUCAGCAUCUCCUCCGUCGACCGAACCGAAAGAAGCAUCAAGCGAUUACGAUCCUUGUGUCAAUGCCAAAAUCACGUCCCCUUUCUACUUGUACAACCACGACUCGCCUCGACCGUCCUUUGACGUUAACCGCAAGUCCUUUCCUCAAGUCACUCUCCGAGACCUCGAAGCUGGCACUGGCACCGGCACCGGCACUCCCAACCUAACCCCCACGGUCACGCAAGAGAAACGAGAUGCACAGAAUGACGUGGCGGGCGGAAGACUCAAGUUCUGGCAAACACCAAAGAAACAAUGCCUGACAAGGCCGAAACAACGUGGUUGUGGAUGGUUGAAACAGAUGCCUAAACGUCAACGGUUGCUGGUCAAGGUCCUGAUUGCCAUGGUCAUUAUUGGUGCCAUGGUGGGUAUCGCAGUGGGAAUUACUGCCGCGGUUCACGGUGGAGUGUACAAGAAUAACAAUUCUACUACAUCGCUCGGUUGAUCUGGCUUUGGUGGUGUCGAGACGAAAUGGGAACCUGGACUACGGAGUACUAUGAUAUUAAUAUUCGGCAUGGAGAUUUCGAGGGUGGAUUGUGAUUUUUGUGAAUACCCCAAUACAGCAUCGAUGACAGACAGACAAUAAGCACUUCAAGGCCUGCGUAGGCUUGAGAUGGACAAGAACAUGGACAGGUUCAAUCACUUGAAACACGCUUUCUCUCCGGGGUAUCAGAG